CAUGAGCACAGACCGACAACCCGAAAUCAUCGUAAUCGGCGGCGGGGCUGCCGGAUUUGCGGCUGCCACGAGGCUGGCGCAAAAUGGCUUCGACGGGGUCAAAAUUUUGGAAGCCGAGGGCAGGAUCGGAGGCAGACUGCACUCCGUCCAGUUCGGGGGCAGCGUCGUCGAUUUGGGCGGCACAUGGGUCCACGGCGAAACUGGCAACGUGGUGUUCGAAAAGGCGAGAGGGCUCGACGUGUUGAGCCCGUCGUUGGCCAGCAACUACAACGAUCUCAAUUUUUGCCUAUCUAGCGGCGACGCGCUCGACAAAAAGACCGCCGAGAAGUUUUGGAAAGUCGGCAUGGCGAUUAUGGAGAACGAGAGGGCGGCCAAUAGUCGCGCCGGCAAAUUCGGCGAGUACUUCGAGGAGGCGUUUAAGCGAGAUGUGAGCGUCGUCGCUUCAUCAGACUACGAAAAAACUGCUGCCGAUCUGAUAUUGGGGUGGUUCAAGAAAUUCGUGUUGUGUCUCGAUCCUGCGGAGUCGUGGAACGACAUGUCUGUCAAGGGGCCGUUUUAUUUCAAACGCUGCCCCGGCGAUCAAAUGCUCAAUUGGCGCGACAAAGGAUACACUACCAUUCUCGACAUCCUUAUGAACGACGUCGCGGAUGUCAGAAAACGCGCCAUCCUCAGGGAAAAUGUUCUCUUGGGUCGCGAGGUGACGCGCAUCCAUUGGCACCGGCCAGAUCGCAAGGUCGAAGUGACCUGCGCCGACGGAUCCGCCUACAUUGCCGACCACGUGAUAAUGACAGUUUCCGUGGGAGCGCUCAAGCUGCUCGGGCGCGCGUUCGUGCCGGAACUGCCCGAAAGGAAGGCGGAAGCAGUCGAAGCGAUACCUCUGGGCACGGCCGACAAGAUUUUGCUCAAGUUUCCGACCAAGUGGUGGCCGGAUGACGUCAACGAUUUCAGCUUGUUGUGGAGGGACGAAGAUAGGAGCCGACUGGUCGAGGAAUUCGGUCGCGGUCCUGUCCUGGACGGCAGGUCGUGGCUCGAGGAUAUCUUCGGUUUCUACACCGUCGACAGUCACCCCAACGUCCUGUUGGGCUGGGUGGUCGGUCCCAUGGCCAGGCAGGUCGAGCUGCUCGCCGACCAAAUCGUCCUGGACGGCGCCAUGUUUUUGUUGAGGAAAUUCGUGGGGAAACGUUUCGACAUACCCGAGCCGGACGGCAUUCUGAGAUCGAAAUGGGGCACGAAUCCCCACUUCAACGGGUCUUAUUCGUACGUGAGCGCUCGUAUGGAAGCGACUGCGACGGCUCGGGAAGACCUGGUGGCCCCCCUGGAGGUGGACGGUAAUCCGGUGGUGCUCUUCGCCGGGGAAGCGACCCAUGCGACCUUCUUCUCGAGCGCCCACGGCGCCAUAGAGUCGGGGUACAGGGAGGCGGACCGUCUGAUCGAUUGGUACAACAAUUGUUUCCGGCAACCUGGAAAUCUUUACACCUCUCCAAUUUCCACCAGGAGGCCGGAAUUUCAUCGAAUAGUCAUAGUGGGCGCGGGUAUGGCCGGCCUGGGAGCAGCGGUAUCGCUCCGCGAUCACGACUUUGUCGUCUUGGAGGCCCAAAGCAAACCUGGUGGUCGGAUAGACACCGUCUCCAUCGCUGGCAAACCCAUCGAUCUUGGUGCCCAGUGGUUGCACGGCAAAGACAAUCCUUUGUACGAACUGGCUGUAAAACAUAACCUCAUUUGCGACGAAACUUCGGAGGAAGGUCUCGGCAUAUACGUGAGAAGCAACGGCGAAGUGCUCGACGACUUCCUGGUGCGAGACACCAACUUUCGUGUAGGUCUGAUCCUCGAUGACUGCGCCAAAUUGCUCGACUCGCCCGACCACUCGCCCUCUCUGGACGACUUUCUAACUCUAAAAUUCCGCGAGGUCGUGCUCGACGGUACCGCCGAUGACGUCAAACUCGAGCUGUAUGACUGGCACAAGCGGUUUCAAGUGAUAGACAACUCCUGCGUCGAUUUGAAAAGACUCUCGGCUAAGAAGUGGGGAGAGUACGUAUGCCAGGACGACGUUGCUCAUUUUAACCUCACAUCCGGCUACGAAGGGCUGAUCGACGUCAUCGUCGACGCUCUUCCGCGCGAUAGUAUACGGUACCAUUCGGAAGUGACUCGCCUAGACUUCGUUAACGAUCACCAGAUACGGGUGGUGGUGAACGGUCUAGACCACUUGGUCUGCGACCAUUUGAUCUUAACACCGUCGCUUGGAGUGUUGAAGGAGUCCCCCCACCUACGUCAGCUUCUUCCAGAGGAAACUAAUGACUGCGUCAAGCGCCUAGGCUUCCACGGGAUAUCGAAGAUCUACUUGUUUUUCGACCACAAAUGGUGGACCGGGAAGGGUUUCCAGCUGCUGUGGACAGAAGACUGCGAUUUCGAAGAGAAGGACACGUGGCUACGCCACGUGACAGGCUUCGACGAAGUUCUGCACCACCCUGAGGCGCUGAUGACGUGGGUUGGUGGUGAGGUCGUCGCGGAGGUCGAGAACUUGGACGAGAACGACAUAGGACGGCAGUGCGCCUCUCUGCUGGGGAAGUUUCUGACCGGGUUCUGCAGGGUACCGUUCCCUAUCAAGGUGGUGAGGACGAGAUGGUUGUCGAAUCCGUACGUGAGAGGCAGCUAUUGCCACAUCACGCCCGAAUGCGACGAGAUGGACGUAAUUAGACAACUCGGAGAGCCCGUCGUUGUGGACGGGAUUCCUCGCGUGCUAUUGGCGGGAGAAGCGGUUCAUCCGUCGCAUUAUUCCACGACUCACGGAGCUUUCGAGUCGGGAGAGCGGCAAGCGCGGGUUAUCCGCGAUUAUCUUCGCAAAAGUGACACUUGAGUCGAUGGGAACGAGCCUGAAACUUCAAUUUAAUGGCAAUGGGAACUUUUUUCAUCUCUAAAAUUUUGUCGAACGUUGAUCGUCAGAGGCGAAAGAGAAACGAUGAUGUAAAUAUCGACUUUCAUUUUAUGCUAUAUUGUUGCCUUUUUGGAAAAUAUAGGCGAG